AAGUAUCAGCUAAAGCAAAGCACAGAGAUAAGAAGUAAAUAUUAUGGAUCACGAACUUCCGAGCACGAAGUUCGAACUGCCCAAGAGUCCGGCGCCAACUCUACACAACGAUGAUAGCGAUGAUGAUGAUGUAGAGUUCGUAGGCACAAUAGCGCCACCUACUGGGGAAUGGAAAUGGCAUCCCAAUCAGAAUUUUGCCACAGCGCCGCCGCUUUUAGUCACUCCCCCACUCUCCCCGCUGGGCAUGGGAGUACAGCAGCCGAACAUGCCGCUGCUGACCGCAAUGCUGGCCCCGAAUAACAGCGCCUACCCCCCACAGGGCUAUAUAGUGCACAUACCCUGCUUCCUGUGCAAACAGCCCUUCAAUGACAUUGACAGGCUCCGGGAGCACCUGAUCAUGCACGCCGCACAGUUAAACUACCACGGGCGUCUAGCAGCCGUGGAUGCACCCAAUGCGUGCCCCCUGCCCCCGCCAGCCGGGAUUGAGGUAAACGGUGGGCACAGCCGGCUGACAAAGGAUAUGACAAUCAACGCUGAUCCACCGGCACAGGGCAAGGAGAGGACAGAAAUGCAUUGCGAUCAUUGCAGCAAAGUCUUCAGAUCGACAAUGUCCCUGCAGGCACAUAUGAAGCAGCACCGCCUGCCCUAUGAAGCCAAUAAUAAAUGGUGGUCCAGAAAGCAAUUGAGAUGCCCCAUCUGCCAGAAGGGCUACAAGCGUGACAGCUUUCUGCUCAAGCACAUGGCCUACAAGCACGUCGAACAGUUGGAACAGUCCCGUCCGGAGUGUCCGCCACGUCCUCUACGUCCGGCACCAGCUCCAGCAGCAGCUCCAGCUGCCGAACGGGAUCAGCCCAAACGUUGCGUUUAUAGCACGAAUUUGUUGAAUGCCGUUGCGGCGGCCAACUACAGCCCGGCCACAGAGUCCGCCGCGAAAUACGUGCCACCCACAGACACAGCCCAACGGCAGCUGGAUCCUUGCCUGAAGCCGCCGCCCAAGCAGAAGUACGCGCUGCGUUCGCCCUACUUUAAUCCAAAUCUCUGGGUGGACUAUGAUGCGUACAUAUAAAGGAAUUGCGCUGCAUCUAUACAAUUGCCUCAUGAGGCUACAUGAUAUUAUUAUAUAUAUUUGAGAUUCUCAUUCCUUAGUUAGUUUUUAAUAUUUAAAUCACAAGUUCGUUUUAAGUCGAAGCUUAUCGCAAGCGAUAGCAUUUCCUACUUGGCAGCUAAGCUGCUAAAAUAUGUAUUUCUUCCCAUUGUUUAGAACAUCUGAACAAUCUGGUAUAUAUAAUGUUAUUUACGUGUCACAUAUGUGUAUAUAUAUUAAUAUAAGAUAAGAAUUCGUCGCUUAUUUCGUGAAGAACCGCAACAUCGACAACCGAAUGCGAAACGCAAAACGAAUACCGAACCGAACUGAAAAUUGCAAAAAUGAUGAGUUGUUUAUUUGCCCAGUUCCACGGACUAUAUAUACAUGUAUACUAUAUACAUAUAUACUAUAUAUAUAUUAUAGAAUGAAUCUGAAUGUGCAACCCGCCGCACCGGGAAUAAGCAAAAUACUGCUGAUAAUGCAAAAAUGGAACUCCGACGAUUCGUUGGCUCUGACUAAAUAAACAAAAAGCUGUUGAUAAAGGGAAACUCGAUCCGGUCGUCGCUCGAUUUGUAAACAACAUCAGCAUAAAAAUGUUAACAACAAUUGCGAUCCAUUCAGUUGGGAUCCGAGCCUGAGCCGGGAAACAUCAGGCUCUCGAUCGAAUAACGUUUUAUUGUGGAAUCGGUGAAUGGAUUGUAAGUACAGUCAAUUCAUAUUUUAUUUAUGUGUAACAAACUAGCAAUACGAUGCAAUAUAUUAUAUGUAUGUUUCACUGUAAAAGAA